AUGCAAGAAGGUUUUAAAAGAUCAACAAUUUAUAAUAUAAUAAAACGCUAUGAUAUUUAUCUAAUAUUCGAAGAUCGUCCAAGGAGUGGUCGUCCAACACAUUCUGAUAAGAAAAACCUGAAGCGUCUACAGUAUACUACUGAAAAUCGUGUUGGAGUUAGUCAAAGAGAAUUAGCAAGAAAAUUUGGCGUUGCACAAUCAACUAUUCAUUAUAAUUUGAAGAGAAUUGAUCUUAAAUAUUCUAAACGUCAAAAGGCACCAAAAUAUACGAAAAGACAACUUGAGGAAAUACCAAAAAAAUGUCGAAAAAUAAGACGCCAGAUGACAACAAAAAGACCAUGGACUUAUGUAAUGAAACAUAUUCAAUCAUCGCAAGUACCAUCAAUUCAUACGGUUACAUCAAAUAUAUUUGUAAUAAAUUCCUCCUUAGAAACAAAGCCAAAUGAUUAUAAAGAAGAAAAAGGUCGAUGA